UUGCAGGAUCGUGAAGCCGCUUUAGCUGGUAAAUUGACUGGCAAACAGCUUUUCUUGAGGGAUGCCACUCUCAGUCUGUCUGAUGUUGCGUUGAUUGAACAGAGUGUUGAGAUCGACGAAUCUCUUUUUGACGAGGCGAGCUCUUUCUGUAACCUUCAAAAUGUCGGGUAUCAUGCAGUCAGUUCAAUUUCACUAUGUAUACUGAAAUGGUCGGACACAAAUAACACCCAUCCACAUCCACCAUACGCAUGUACCAUCAAUGCCUUCUUUGCUGCAGGUAUUUCGAAGUCUACAUUCAAACACUCUGCGAACGAGCGGCCUUUUUUUGAGGUAAAAUCAAAAUUCGAUUCGGAGUGGCGGAGGUUUUCUUUGACUCCCAGCAACCCCGAAGUACACUCGUAUGAUAGUUUUCGUGGACUUGUGGAAAAGUUACAUCAUUUGGAGAGUGUGCCAUUCACUCUUUGCUACAAUGCAGCAUGUGGUGAUCUUCUGCCAAUCACGAACGACGAGGCAAGUUUACAAUGUGCUUGUACCGAUUACCUUUCGAAACUUCCACGAUACUACAGUGGUAUGUUAUCGACGUGAGU